AUGUCUUCUUCGAGUCAAGCUCAAUCUUCAGCCAUUUUGAGUAUUAUUGACGAAUGGGAAAAGAGCACAGUUCUGUUAGAAAACGAGGAAAGAUUGUUGGAAAUUGUUAGAAACUCAAGAGAAGAUACAACUCAUGGCACCGAGGAUAUCGAUAUUUCCGAUGAUGAAACUAAAAGUGCUGAUAGAAACGAUCAUAUUGAAGGAGUAGGAUUAAUUAUGUGGGAUGGAGAUUUUCUGGAACAUGAUGAUGAUGACGAACAGAUUGAUUAUCCCUAUGAAAAUUAUUUAUCAAAAUUAAAACAUUACCAAGAGCUGAGUCAUUCUCUUAUUGUAAAGAGCAACAACACAUUGGCCAUCUCCGAUGAUUUACAGGAACAGUACAACUUGGUUUGCUCAAAAACAAGUCGAUUACAUCACGAUUGUGAAACAUUGCUGAAGGAAACAGAGCAGUUGGAAAAGUGUAGUGCAGAAUUGGAGAAUCGACUGAAACAUUUUGAUGACAUGGAUUAUUUGAAUCAACAACUUUCGUCGAGUGGAUAUCUGGACGUAGGAAGUGAUACUUUUAUCAAAACUUUAGGCAAGCUUGAGGAAUCUAUCAAUUUUCUAAGCAACAACUUGGAUUACAAGGAGGCAAAAACGUAUCUCACCAAGCACAAAUAUUUACUUUCUAAAUCAUUGGCACAUGUUAGAGAUCAUAUCAUUUUAAAAAUUAAGACCUCAACUGAGAAUCUGUACACCAAGCUGAAAUCUGUUUCGGCAAGCGAUGAGCUUCAAGAAUUUUCGCUUCUUUUUAUUGAUUUCAAAGUAUCCAUAGAAAAUCUACGGCCCUUAAUUAAUGAAUUAGAGUUGCGAGGCUCAAGACGAGAAUCUUCUGUAUUUUUGAUGGACUGUUUCGAAGCAUAUCUGAAUCAAAGAGGUAUUUUAUUGUACAUGACUGUUGCAAAGCAUGUCACGUUUUUGAAAAGUAAUAUCAUGAAAACAGAAGACAAACAAGAAAAAAUUGAUUUUACUCGAUCCGCUUGCGAGUACAUGAUUCAGAUUUGCUCGCAAGAAACACAUUUGUUCUAUCACUUUUUCCCAAAUUGCAAAGAUGAGCGAAGGCUCUCAAACAGAUUUUCCAAUUUCAUGAGCACAGUCACAAACAUUUUAUACGACACUGUUCGAGAAAUGGUGAUUAAGGAAAAUCGAAUUGAUACUUUAUGUUUACUGAUUGAGGUGCUGAGAAAUGACAUUCUACAAGAAGGCAUCAAAACGAAAAAAACUGUGCCCUAUUUUGAAGCAGUUGUGCAUUUGAUGGUGCAAGACAUUCAAGAACGGUUAAUUUAUCGUACUUCAUUUUUCAUUGCCAAUGAAGUCACCAAAUAUCAACCUACACCUGAGGAUUUGGAUUAUCCAAAAAAGCUUAAAUUCUCACCAGAAGAAGGAAAUGCUACAGAGAAAACCUCUCGAAAACAACAAGGAAUUUAUUAUACCACUUUGGGAUGGACGUUAAGUCUUCUCAGCAAGCUAUUCAAAGUUUUGGACGUGGAAGUAUUUGAAGGACUUGCCCAGGAGGCAGUCUCUGCUUGCGCACUCUCAUUCAUUGACGCAAGCAAGAAAAUCUCAGAGAAAACAGACGUGAUGAAUGGCUCACUUUUCCUCAUUAGCCAUCUUUUAACUCUUUUGCAUGAAUUGAGUUAUUUUAACGUGAGCUUCACCAAAACAGAGACCAGUCUUGAUUUUUCACAUCUGUAUGAAGGAAUUUCUCGAUUUUUGAAAGGACAAGCUAGUUUCAGCGUCACGAGUUUAAUCUUUGAUCUCCUCAGUCAGACAAGACCACGACUUGUCGUGAGUAGUUUUGAUUCCAAAAAAGACCUCGAGAAACAACUCAAAUUAGCAUGUGAAAACUUUAUCCUCAACACUGUGAAGCAAGUAGCUGACUCGUGCAUGACGUUCAUCAAAAAGCACAAUAUCAACAAAGACACUCAAGAAUCCAACGAGACCAUUAUCAAAGAAAUUCAAAACAUUCGACAAGAAAUGAACAUUGAUCUGAAAACCAAACUCUCCUACGCAAGCGAGUUGAUGACUCUCUAUUUACGAGACGAGAAAACAGCAAACAAACUCUCUGAGCCCAUUACUGAACAGCUCAUCUCUCUUUAUCAACAACUCUUGAACUAUCUGAACGAAAACACAACACUGGAACAAAAUCAAAAAACAGAAUUGAGCCAAUCACUUCGCUCUUCAGAACAAUUUUCGAUGCUUGUUCUUGAAUGCUUUAGAGGAGCUGCUACUACUGCUCAUGAUACGACUGGCACUGUAGGGCAAACCAAUAAUUGA